CCGGAAGCUCCCUGCUCCCUACGAAAAUCAGCUGAUUAGCUGUCCGCCUGUCCCCUUCAGCAAGUCAAAAACUAGCUCCCCCAGUCCUUUCCUGCGGCUUUAAACGAGGGAAGCUUCCUCACUCACCAGUCACCACUUACCAACAUCCUGUUCAACGAAUCUGCAUUGAACUAUCACCACUACUCCACUAGAACUUCUUUUCUCGGAAAUUUUCAGAUAGUCUUCAAGAAAACCUCUGUGCACCGUGCUACAGAACAAAAAACCGACAUGGGCAAGGAGCAGGUUGCUUCAAUCGUACGGAAAAAAAAGUUGCGGACGACCUUUCCCAUCAGAGGAGCAGAUUGUUUACAUAUCUUGUUUCCACAUGGACGAGCUCCACUUGCUAGUGAUGCUUGGAGUAUCGAAAUUGAAUGGAAAAGGCCAUCCGCCAUCUUCAGGUCAACAUGUCAACACACGCUUUGGCUCUCUGGGAGUGUGAACACCUUUCAGCUUUCCCCCACUUCAUGCUUCCAACUAAUAAUUGAAACAAACCAAGAUUCAGGCAAGGAGAGAGGAAACACUGAAGGUCUGAAGCAUACUCCCAUGGCUGCAGAAGCAAUUUUGGGAGCCUUCAUGCAGAUCCUCUUCCAGAAAUUUUCAGAAGUAGCUCUUGAUCAGUUCAGAUCUUAUAAAGGCAUCCAAGGCAAACUAGAUGCCCUCUCUUGCACCCUCUCUCAAUUGCAGGCCUUCCUCGACGAUGCAGAGGCAAAGAAGUUGGCAGAUGCAUCUGUGAGGGGAUGGCUAGCAAAGCUCAAAGAUGUAGCUUACGACAUUGAUGAUCUACUGGACAGCUAUUCAGCGAAGAGUAUGCACCUGAGGCAGAGGCAGAGGCAGAGGCAGAUGAGGCUUCCCACAAAGGCAAGUGUCGGUUCUCCCAGCUCUUUCUUGCGUAGGAAUCUACAUCAAUAUAGAAUAAAGCAACAGAUUAGCAGCAUAUUGGCGAGGUUGGAAAAGAUUGCAAAAGAACGGGAGACUAUUGGGCUCCAGAUGUUAGGCGGAAUGAGUAGGUCUGAGACCUUAGAGCGACCGCAGACGAGUUCCCUUGUAGACAGUUCAGCUGUAUUCGGCAGAGAGGCAGACAGGGAGGAAAUUGUAAGGCUUGUGCUGUCUGACAGUGGACAUAAUUCCUGCAAUGUUUGUGUCAUACCAGUUGUAGGCAUGGGGGGCCUUGGUAAGACCACUAUUACACAGAUUGUGUACAAUGACGAGAGAGUGAAAGAACACUUUCAAUUGAGGAUAUGGAUUUAUGUUUCCGAAAGUUUUGACGAGAGAAAGAUAACACAAGAAACUCUUGAGUCUGCUGACUAUGACCAAUCCUUGGCCAGUACUAACAUGAACAUGCUUCAAGAAACACUACACAGAGUACUACAGGGCAAAAAGUAUUUGCUUGUCUUGGAUGACGUCUGGAAUGAAGACCGUGACAAAUGGUUCAGCUAUAGAGCGGCUUUACUUUCAGGAGGUUCCGGAAGCAAGAUAGUGGUAACAUCACGAAAUGAGAAUGUCGGCAGAAUAAUGGGAGGAAUAGAGCCCUACAAGCUACAACAACUAUCAGAUGAUGAUAGCUGGUCUGUAUUCAAGAACCAUGCAUUCAGGGAUGGUGACUGCAGCAUACAUCCAAAGUUGGAGGUGAUAGGCAAGGACAUUGUAAAGAAGCUGAAGGGACUACCUCUUGCAUCAAAGGCGUUAGGGAGUCUCCUCUUUUGCAUAACAGAUGAAGAAGAGUGGAAGCACAUACUAAACAAUGAUAUAUGGGAACUAUCAGCAGAGAGGAAUAACAUACUGCCAGCUCUACGGCUAAGCUACAACCACUUGCCACCACAUCUCAAGCAGUGCUUUGCGUUUUGUUCUGUGUAUCCCAAAGAUUACAUCUUCAGGAGAGAGAAGUUGGUUAAGAUUUGGCUAGCACUUGGUUUCAUCAGGCAAUCUAGCAAGAAGAGACUGGAGGAUACAGGCAAUGGAUACUUUAAUGAGCUACUAAGCAGAUCUUUCUUCCAGCCUUACAAGGAUAACUAUGUCAUGCAUGAUGCAAUGCAUGACCUUGCUAAGUCUAUCUCCAUGGAAGACUGUGACCAAUUUGAGCAUGAAAGGAGACAUGAGAAUGCUAUCAAGAUCCAUCAUCUUUCAUUACCAUGCAAGGAUGGCAAGUGCAUGCAGUCUGAUCCACUUUAUCUUUAUAGGAAGUUAAGGACACUAAUCAUUAUGCAUGGACACAAGUCUAAGAUGUCUCAACUGCCUAGUGGUGUAUUUAUAAAACUUCGAUUUAUUAGAGUGCUUGAUAUGCAUGGAAUAGGUCUUAAAGAGCUACCAGAAUCUAUAGGAAAUUUGAAACAGCUGCACUUCCUAGACCUCACCAGUACAGAAAUCGAAACAUUACCCGAAACUAUUAUUCAGCUCUAUAAUCUGCAAAUACUGAAACUGAGUGACUGCAAUUCACUAAGAGAAGUGCCAAAAGGCAUCACUAAGCUCACUAACAUGCGGCACUUAGAGGCAAGCACAAGGCUAUUGUCCAGGAUACCUGGAAUUGGAAGUUUGAUCUGCCUCCAGGAACUGGAGGAAUUUGUUGUCCGGAAGUGCCAAGGAUACAAGAUCACAGAAUUGACGAACAUGGACCAGCUUCAUGGACAGCUUUCAAUUCGUGGCCUUAACAAUGUAGUUGAUGGACAAGAGGCACUUGUAGCAAAGCUGAGGACCAAAGAACAUCUUCGAACUUUACACCUCAUAUGGGAUGAGAACUGCACAACAAUUCCUUCAGAACAACAAGAAGAGGUCCUAGAAGGUCUUCAACCACAUCUUGAUCUCAAGGAGUUAAUGAUCAAAGGAUUCCCAGUGGUGAGGUUCCCUAGCUGGCUGGUUAGUUCAUCUCUUCCUAAUCUGCAAACCGUUCACAUAUGUAAUUGCAAAAGCAAGGUUCUUCCACCUCUAGGUCAACUUCCUUUUCUUAAAAAUCUCGAUAUAGCGGGAGCAACUGAGGUCACACAACUUGGACAUGAGUUCACAGGAUUUGGUCAACCAAAAUGUUUUCCAGCUUUAGAAGAACUCCUAUUGGAAGACAUGCCGAACUUGAGAGAGUGGAUGUUUGAUGAUGCUGAGCAGUUGUUUCCUCAAUUAACUGAACUUGGUAUUUUCAGGUGCCCAAAGCUGAAGAAGUUACCCCCUCUUCCAUCAACGCUGACAUCGUUAACUAUAUAUGAAUCUGGACUCGAGUCACUUCCGGAGCUUCAAAGUGGAGUCAGUCAAUCUUCUCUAACAUCUCUGUACAUAAAUGAUUGCCCAGAUCUAACAUCCUUGCGUGUCGGCUUGCUUGCAUGCAAACUGGCAGUUCUCAAGAGUCUAACAAUAGCCCACUGUGAACGGCUAGUUUCACUGCCAGAGGAGUGUUUCCGUCCUCUUAUAUCACUACAGAGCCUGCAUAUCUAUGAGUGCCCUUGUCUGGUGCCUUGGACAGCGCUUGAGGGAGGCUUGCUUCCCACUUCAAUAGAAGAUAUCCGUCUAAACUCAUGCUCUCAAUUAUCAUGUGUGCUUCUAAACAGCCUAAGAUAUCUUCCUCAUCUCAAGCAUUUUGAGAUUGCUGACUGCCCUGAUAUCAGUAACUUCCCAGUGGCGGGCUUACCUCAUACACUUCAAUUCUUGAAGAUAUCAUGCUGUGAUGAUCUCCAGUGUUUGCCUUCAAGCCUGUAUGAAGUCUCCUCACUCGAAACACUAUUCAUUGACAACUGUCCUGCAAUUGAAAGCUUGCCAGAAAAAGGCCUUCCCAGUGGGCUCAAGGAACUCUACAUUAAACAAUGCCCCCUAAUCAACCAACGGUGCAAAGAAGGCGGGCUGGAUCGAGGCAAGAUUGUUCGUAUCAGAGACAUUGAGAUAGAUGGAGAUGUUAUUGUACCUGAUCAGAUAUAGAAGGUGGAACUUUUGCUCAGUGAUUUUGAUGAUGCACAACAAAGGCUAUCAUCUCCAGUAACAUAACGAACUGGGUGCACCGGACAAUGCGAGCAGCGGAAGGAGGACGCCGGCAGCACUGGUGGUACUAGCUCCGGCGUCGCGAACGCGGUCGCCUGCGCGCAUCCGCCCCGGCGAGGUCACGCUGGCAGGAGGGCCGCACGCCGCUAGAAUGUGCCUGGGCCUGGGCGGCGGUGCUCCUUAACUCCUCUGGUCAAGUUGCAACUUGCAGAGAACACCCUACCUGCUACCAACGCUUACAUUGUGGUCCCACGAGCCAGUGAGUCAGGCUCCUGCCUAACCAAAACUGUGCGGCCCCACCGGCCAGUUGCCAGGCAGUGGCGGAUCCAGAGGGUAGGUAGACCCAGGAGUACCCUGGAUUUGGCCCAAAAAGAUUAAUAAUAUGGCCCAAACUCAAGAAAUGAGCAAAUAGCCCACUAAUGGCCCAAAAUACAUCUGCUCCCCUAGGCCUUGACCUGACCGAGAGGCGCAUCGCCAUAGCCCAUAGCCCAUAGCAUUACGUAUUUACGUUGUUGGAGUUCGCGACCUGCCCACCGCGCCUCUUCUUCCCAGGCGCUGAAGCGCCGCCGCCCCGCGCCCGCCCUCCGCCCUCCGCCUUCCUUACCUCCGCGGCCCCUUCUUGCUAUCCUCCUGCUGCACCUCCUCCGCCUGCGCCGGUCGCUGCUGCCGUGCUCCCUGCUCUCCCUCGCGGCCCCGCCUCGGAGUGCCAAGCUGCCGCCGGACGGCCGGAGCUAGGGUUUCGGCCAAAAAUCGCUGCGGCCAGGGCGCCGGUCGGUUCGCCGUCUUCGUUUCUAUCAUCUCAUUCAGUGGACUACCCCAGGUUUGAAUGCUGGUUCUGCCACUGUCGCACGGCGACAGGUUUAGUCGGGUUCAGACUCUCGCUUGUCUCGCUUCCCAUGGCGGCGGCAGAGGUGGCGCCGGUGCCCGAAGCAAGCGGCUUCUAUGCUGGUGCCGGCGGCCUCUCCACCGGCCGGAAGCUGGUGCCGUGGUCGAGCUGGGCAGAAUGGAGCUUCGUGCGCGACGGCCUCUUCUCUCCCUUCCCCGCAGCCGCUCUUCGCAGGAUCGCUGCGUGGCGGAGCAGGGGCUCCGUCGUGAUCCCCGUGGACGUUACCGCAGCCUUCGUCGAGAUACGGCUGCGGGAUCCCUUCUUCCGGAGCGGAUUAGCUGGUGAUGAUGCCAUGGAGUCAGAGGAAAUGCUCGUGAUGCUGUACAGUAUGGCAAUCAUGAGGCUUGUAAAUGGUUUUGUGGAGAAUCAACAUAAGAAAACUGGCCGUUCAAUAUCUGAACUAGCUGAGGCUGUUGGAAUACCACGAGUUCUGGUGGACAUUCGCCAUGAAAGUUCCCAUCGCAACCUUCCCUCCCUGCGACUGUUACGCCUGGCAAGUAUUAAGGCAUUUGAUUGGUUGAAGUGUAUUUACUGGGAUCGCCAGACUAAUUCCAUUCCUGAUGUUCAAGUGGAACUGAGGUCAAGAUUGCAUGAGAUUUCUUCCUUUCUGAAGGAGAAUGAUUCAAAAGAAUCAAAAUCAGGUUCCAAAAGGAAACGUUCUGAGAAACUGAUUAUCAAAGCCAUAAAGUACACUCGACGGCUAUACUAUGCUUGUCCCUUUGAGGUUGUCUCUAUUCUACUGGAUCAUAUGCAACUGGAUGCUCCAGAGUCCCCUGAAAGCAGUGACAUGCAAGAAAUUCAUAGUUUGGGUGUUUAUCACUCAUCUGACACUCAAAUAUCAAACAGUGAUAUGAAAACUAUCAUAAUGAAACUUUCAGAGAAAGAACCAAGAUUGUUGCUUAGUGUACUGAAGUUAGUAAUUGAAAUGAUCGAAGCCAAGGAAGAACUCACAAACAAAGGUGAAUCUUACGCUUUUCAACCAGUUGGGCCAUCUAAAGUGAAAAGGCUAUGUUCCUUGGUUCUAUGGCUUGUCAAGAGCAUAAAAGAGCUCAAGGUUUCAGGCUACAUUGGGCUUGUUCAUGAGAUAGGAGUACUUUCUUCAGACAAGAAUGCAGUUCCUCGUUUUUGCCUCGCAAAACUUCUACGGAAGUUACUGAAUCUAUCCACUCUAGGUGAAAGAUGUAUCAUAGAUGCAGCGCUGCUGUUGAUUGAGAUGGUCAACAGUAACAGUGUGAAGGAGAAAUUGAGGAAACUUCCUGUGUUGUCUUUGCCUAGGUUUGCUAAAGUUUCUUCCCUCCCACAAUCAAGAACCGAAUGCAAUGAACAGGGAUCACUUGAAAAGGCAACAGAGAUGCUGGAAAUGUUCAAGUUGCAGUUGAAGGGGCAGAAGAAUGCAUGCUUUACAGAAACUGGCACCACUGAAGGACCAUUCAACACAAGCACACCAGAGAAACAUAAUAGAUGGUCUGUUGCAAAGUCAUGGACUCCCUGUCCAAUAGGAACAAUACCCUGCUCAUUUAGUUCAUGUGUUGUUCUUCCUGCCUUAGAUGUUGUGGAUCAUGGACUGGAGGUUGCCACAUUAGAACAGCAUGGACAUUUUGAGGAGGUUGAUCAUUCUGAAAGGUUUGAAUCCCAGUCUGAUGAGUUGGAUGAUGAAAGCAUUCUGAAAAUAUCAAGAUCAUCACCAGAAUAUGAUAUUUCAGAUAUGCCAGAAUUGACCUCCCCUUUGAAGGGUAGAUUACUGGUUGGUGGUGUUUGGGAAAAGGUGUCUGAAGAGGAGUUACUCUUGAUAAAAUCAAAGAUGAAAUUGUUGUUGUAAUAUCAUCUAGCUAGAUUUAUCUCUCAAUAGUCAAUUUUGUUUUGAGACAAAUUAUAGUGCUGCCUUGGAGCCGAGAAAGCAGUGCCCUUUCCCCCACAUUUGUUCAGUUUCUGCAGUAUUCAUCCUAUUUCUCAUAUUUUCAUUUUGUUACUAUUUCAUUUGCCCUAGAGAGAGUGGGUGACUAAGCCUUGAAAACUUGGUUUUCCUCUAAACUUGUCAUAGAAAUAUAGAAUACCUGAUCAUCAGCUACUUAUGAAAAGUUGAUCUUUA